UGCAGCCCCCGGAGCCGGGGCGAAGGCGGGCGCGGGGCAAGCCGGGCCGGAACCAUGAACCGGAGUUUCCACAAGUCUCAGACCCUGCGCUUCUACGACUGCAGCGCCGUGGAAGUCAAGAGCAAGUUUGGGGCUGAGUUCCGAAGGUUCUCCUUAGACCGACAAAAGCCGGGGAAGUUUGAAGACUUCUACAAGCUGGUCGUACACACCCACCACAUCGCCAACACCGAGGUGACCAUCGGGUACGCGGACGUGCACGGUGACCUGCUGCCCAUCAACAACGAUGACAACUUCUGCAAGGCCGUCUCGAGUGCAAACCCUCUGCUCAGGGUCUUCAUCCAGAAACGAGAGGAGGCGGAGCGCGGCGGUGCGGCCGCGGGCUCGCUGUCCCGGCGGAGGAAGGCGCUGGCGCUGCGGGAGGACGGGCCCCGCCGGCGCGCUCCGCUGCACAUCGGCCUCCCGCGCGACUUCCGGCCCGUGUCGUCCAUCAUCGACGUGGACAUCCUGCCCGAGACGCACCGGCGCGUGAGGCUGUACCGCCACGGCUGCCCACGGCCGCUGGGCUUCUACAUCCGCGACGGCACGAGCGUGCGGGUGGCGCCGCAGGGGCUGGAGAAGGUGCCGGGCAUCUUCAUCUCGCGCAUGGUGCCCGGCGGCCUGGCCGAGAGCACCGGGCUGCUGGCCGUGGACGACGAGGUGCUGGAGGUGAACGGCAUCGAGGUGGCCGGCAAGACGCUGGACCAGGUCACGGACAUGAUGAUCGCCAACAGCCACAACCUCAUCGUCACGGUCAAGCCGGCCAACCAGCGCAACAACGUGCUGCGCGCCGGCCGCGCGCCCUGCGGCCCCGGCCGCUCCGACGGCGCGCACGGCGCGGUGGUCCAGCGGCUGCUCAGCUCGCUGCGCGCCGACCCGCGCCACAGCCUGGAGCUGCCGCCCGGGGGCGUGGAGGAGCACGGCCCCGCGGUCACGCUGUAGGGCGGCCGGGCCCCGCGGCCCCGCAUCGUCGUCUCAGCUCGGGGAAGGAAAGCGAACCCUCCGUGCGGAGAACGCGCCCGGGGCCUGAAGGACGCGCGGGCCCCGGGGCCUCUGCGAAGGGACGGGAAGGACCUGACCGCGCGCAGAAAAGACUUCUUCGAAAUUGUAAACAUCCUGCGUUUUUUCAACGAAGCUUUAACAUUACUUUUCGGGAAGAGUCGAUGCAGGUUUUUAACGGACGCUGCGCCCAAACGCCCCGUCUGUGGGCGCAGCGUUUGCAGCCGCGGACUUGCGCGGACCCCGCCGCCGGGAGCAGGGACUGUGCCCUGAGGAACUGGGACACCGGAACCUUCGACGGGAUGACGGAAGACGCACUUCAGGUGUUCACAGUCUUUAUGGCCCUGUUGCAAAUAGCCACGUGGGUGCUGAAGUCCCAGGUCACUGUCCUGAAAGGGCGGUGGCAGAGGGGACAUGGAAUGUCCUCAGGGCUGCUGGUAAGUGUCGCCGCGCAAUGCUGGGCAAGCCCAGGGCCCACUUCCAGACCCACCUCUGAAAGCUCAGCCAUUGGGACGUCAGGUUCUGUUACCUUUGUUUUUAAAUAAUGUCACAUGGAACGUGAUGAUUUUAACAAAUUCAUUGUCACUUCUCUUUGAUUCUCUAGCAGUAUUUACAUAUUGAGUAAUUUUGAAUGUUUAUUCAUGUUUAUACCAAUUAAAUUUUAUAUGAAAUGUAUUUUGUUUGAAACCAGUGUGGAAGCAAAAGUGUUACACUUAUAUUUUGAGAACUAAACUCUGACCAAAUAAAGCUUUUGUAUGAACACAGGUAAAAAUAUUUUUCUAGGUGCCUUUCUACACAGCUGCUUCUCUGAGGUGCGGGGCCCCCUGCUGGACGGUGGCAGAACUGUCCUGACUUCAUGGCUGUCAAGCCCGUACCAGAUGGGAAACUGCCUUUCCGUGUUUUCAUUGUCUCCUGAAUUCGUUAAGUGAAAAGCAAAUUGUUUUCCUUUUGUGCAGAAACUAUUUAUUGUUCAGAAAUAGCUUUUACUGAGUAGUUGUGGUUUCCUGCACCUCUGUUUAUUUUGUUAUUUGAAUGUCAGUUUUGUUCCUAAGCAUUGGGAAAACCAAAGACGUUUCCUCUUGGAGGUCUGAGCUCACACUUCCAAAUUUGUGAGCUCCAGGAACUGCACCAGCAUUGUGUGUGGCAGCCCAACAGUCAGAAGUUGUCUUUACUACGACGAGUAUUACAGAAGCAGAAUUCUAGUGCUAACUUACUAUCACAGCAGAAAUGUUCCUUUACUAAGUUAUUGCUGGUUAAUGAGUGUGUUGUUAAAUAACUGAGUCUGUUACCAGGAAGGAAAAUUAUAUUUCUUACCAUGUUUUAAGUUGUCAAGCAAAUGUGAAUAAUUUUCUUACAGAACAAAAGACAGGCUUGUUCAGAUUUGUGCUAUUGUUCAUAAUUUUAGCGUCGCGAGCUGCUUGGAACACCUGCUUCAGUGUACUUUUCUACCCAAGUCUACAGUUCUGCCAUUUCUUUCUUUAAAAAAAGACACAAGCAAUGUUGUAUUACAUGGUAAAGUUUUCUUGGUUUUAUAUUAUCAAAGA